CUCGCCCGACGCUGCACCAAUUGGCGAGGCCUUCGGCAACCACCUUUAUUCUCCGAUCGGCCUUUAUUUGAUACUGCAAAGCCGUCUUUAUCAGUGAGACCGUCUCACGGCACCUUUCAUGCCCGGAAAGCUGCUUGGGGGGAUGGACGAGCUCUUCCCAGAAGUUCAGCUUCCAGAAUCUCGAGUUCUUAUCAUUAUCACAGGUGGCACAAUAUGUAUGCGACGUUCAGAGGAUGGCCUGGUACCCGCGAAAGGUUUCCUGAAAGCUGGACUGGCACCGAGGCCUUCAUUCAACGAUGGUUCUUAUCCAGAACCGCUGGAAAUCGUGACCGAUGACAAGGGCACGAAGAAGGCAGUCCAGAGCUUGAGAACCCCGAUUAGCACGUACGACCGUCGAGUCCGGUACUCUGUACUCGAAUUCGACGAGCUCCUAGACAGCAGCUCCAUUGAUGCCGCAGGGUGGGACCACAUUGCAAAGUCUGUCUACCGGAACUACCAGCUUUUCGAUGGGUUUGUCGUACUCCAUGGCACUGACUCGCUGGCGUACACCUGCUCUGCGCUGAGCUUCAUGCUCCAGGACCUAGGAAAGCCUGUCAUUCUCACGGGAUCACAGGCGCCAAUGAUGGAGCUACAGAAUGACGCUCAAGACAACCUACUAAGCUCGCUGAUCAUUGCCGGCCACUUCAUGAUCCCAGAAGUAUGCUUGUUCUUCAACUUCAGGCUCUUCCGUGGUAACCGCACAACCAAAGUUUCUGCAGAUGACUUCAGUGCUUUCGCUAGUCCCAAUAUUCCGCCUCUAGCAACAAUUACAUCUCUCCGAACGAACGUUCAAUGGAACCUUGUGUACCGGCCAACACAAGUAAAUCCCUUCAGCAUCCAAACCAAAUUGGACACAGCACACGUCGCCUGUCUCCGCAUUUUUCCGGGCAUGAAACCUGAAAUGGUCGACGCAGUUUUACGCCUGGAAAGCCUGAAAGGCCUGGUCCUCGAAACAUUCGGUGCUGGAAACACCCCGGGAGGACCCGACAGCGCAAUGACCCGAAUCCUGGCAGAUGCAGUCAAGAGAGGAAUCGUAAUAGUCAAUGUGACCCAAUGCCUAAGCGGCAGUGUGAGUCCACUCUAUGCUCCUGCAACUGUUUUGGGUCGAGCCGGGGUGGUGUUUGGGCAGGACAUGACCACUGAGGCAGCUCUGACCAAGCUGGCUUACCUUCUAGCUCUCCCAAACGCUACGCCCGACGAGGUGGGCAAGCGUAUGUCGGUUUCUAUUCGUGGUGAGCUGACGGAGUCGACCCGUACCCAUUUCGAACAUCCGAAGAGCGGUGCCCUUACUCCAGAGCUAUCUAGCCUGACGGCAUUGGGAUACGCGGUCCAGAAAGGUAAAUUGCAAGAUGCACGGGACAUCAUUCGGGGUGAGCCUCGAUGGCUGCUGAAUGAUGCAGACUACAAUUUAAAUACUCCCGUGGUAAGUGAAUUCCCUCGCUAUCAUCUAGAGGUUGCAAGUUAGCGACCUCUUCCGGCCAACUACGUCCUAUCAACGCAGCAAUUAAGUCGAAACUUCCUGUUCUGGGCGAAAAACUCAGUGGAUGAGUGGGC